CUUAGCCCCGCCCACAUAGGGGCGGGGCCCGGCGUCCCGCCUCCCUGCGUGCCCCGCGCAGGCAGCGCUCAACCUUGAAGCCAAGAUGGCGUCGGCCACCAGUAUCAUCCGCCUUAUCCGCAACUUUCUGGCCGGGCGGGACCUCCAAGGUAAGCUGCAGCUGCGCUACACAGAGAUCUCCAAGAGGACCCAGCCGCCCCCCAGCCUCCCCGUGGGACCCAGCCACAAGCUAGCCAACAACUACUACUGCACGAGAGACGGGCGCAGGGAGGCCUUUCCGCCCAUUGUCCUCAUGGCGGCCCAGAAGAAGCUGGCGCCCGGAGCGGAAGCAGGAAGCUCCGACUCUUCCGUCGCGAGGACGGAGAAGCUGCCCGUGACCCCUGGCAUCCCCCCUCGGAAGUGGGAACUGUCCAAGGACGAGCCCUAUUUGUGAGACUGUCCCCCGGGGGCUCCAAGGCGGGGUUGCUUGAGAGCAGCCAGUCGGGUCUGGGUACUUGCUAGGAUGAGCAUCACCACCGAAGGACUUUUUUCUCCACCUGGACUAAUUAAAUAAAUGCAACCCAUGAUGUAACUAUUAAGUUGUACGUGAUUUUAAGGGGCGUGUUGGGCUGGGAAAAUAGAAUUUGAGGAGCAGAUGUUGGAAUCGUUAACCCAGCUCUAACAGCCAGAAUAAACGAAGGCACAAGAUA